UCCUUUAAACGCAUUCAGGGAAACAGUUCUGUUGUAUUUGUUAUGGACCAGUGAAAACUGACCCUCUGCUUAAAGUAAACGCACCAACACGCUUCUUAUUGACAAGAAACGAAUGAACGAUGUGGAGUUAUAGAUGAUAACUUAGCAGGAGAGCAGGCAGGAGGGCGGAGAGUCAGAGCGCCACGUCACUGAUCCACGGAGAGAAAAGCAGCAGCUCAUUACGAGUCCUAAAGAUUAGAGAUAAAAGGAACCAAAGCAGCGCGGAGGUCCUUACUGCGCUCCUGCCUGGGCCAUUUUCUGUUGUGUAAGAAGAAGAGACUGCCACACACCUAGCAGGUCAAAAUGACUGCGUCAAACUCGGGCCUGAUCAUGAACGUAGUGAACAGCAUCGUGGGAGUCAGUGUGCUCACCAUGCCCUUUUGCUUCAAACAGUGUGGGAUCGUACUGGGUACUCUGUUGCUGUUCUUCUGUUCAUGGAUGACCCACAAGUCUUGCAUGUUCCUGGUCCACACCGCCAGCAACACCAAACGAAGAACCUAUGCUGGACUGGCUUUCCAUGCUUACGGGAAACCUGGAAAAACGCUUGUAGAGACGAGGCAAAUAGUGUUGUCGUCUCUGCGCUAUGGCAUAAUCACGGGCUCCUGGGUGGAGCACGUUCACCUGUGGCGCUUCAGGGGCGUCAUUCAGUGCCUGCCCAUUAUCGCCACAACCUUCUGCUGUCACCCACAAGUGCUGCCAACGUACGAUAGCCUGGAUGAGCCAUCGGUCAAACGCAUGAGCACCAUCUUCACCUCCGCCCUCAACGUGGUCACGAUCUUCUACAUCACCGUGGGCUUCUUCGGCUACGUCAGCUUCACAGAGAACAUUGAAGGCAACGUGCUGAUGAACUUUCCGUCCAACCUGGUGACAGAAAUGAUCCGCGUGGGCUUCAUGAUGUCUGUGGCCGUAGGAUUUCCCAUGAUGAUCCUGCCCUGCCGCCAGGCUAUUAACACCAUGCUUUUUGAGCAGCAGCAGAAAGACGGGACAUUUGCUGCCGGAGGUUACAUGCCCCCUCUACGCUUCAAGAUGAUCACCCUCUGCAUUGUUUUUGGCACCAUGCUGGGAGGCAUUCUCAUCCCUAAUGUGGAAACCAUCCUGGGUCUGACUGGUGCCACCAUGGGUAGUCUCAUAUGCUUCAUAUGUCCUGCUCUCAUCUACAGAAAGAUCCAGAAGAAUGGCUUCAUUUCUCAGCUGGUUCUUUGCGUCGGUCUGGGAAUCCUCCUGGUCAGCACCUUCACCACGCUCUCAGUGUCAAGAAGCAGCCCCAGCUACAGAGUCCCAGCUCCUCCUCCCCCGGCACCUAACAAGAAUAUCCUCCCUCUACCAAACCUGCCUGACCCCCACGACGACUCUGUAGGCAAGAAACCAGUAGAAAUAGAGAAGCCUGAUCUUCCAGAAGGAAAUGUGCUGCAACCUGCAGAGAGAGAUGCUGAGCCUCCCCAGAUCAAGGGACCAGAUGAGAGGAAGGAAGAGGAAGUGGUGCAGCUGGAUCGUCCCGAUGCCGCUGUGCCAGAGGGGGAAGAUCAUCGUCACGAACCGCCCAUCCCCGAAGAUGAAGUGAGGGUAGACUCAGGGAAGAACAACGUAAAACCAGAAGAGGAAAAGAAGCAAGCCGAAGAAGAUGUCAAAGAGGAACCACAGCGGAAGGAACUGGGCCCCGCUCCGAAGGCAGAGGACAGGAAAGAUGAAAACGUUGAAGUGAAACCAGCAGGGGCUGCUGAAGGGAAGGAGAAGGAGAAGGAGGGGAAGGUGGGUGGCCAGGUGGCGUCCAAUGAGGUGCUGGAGAAGCAUGUUGGAGAGUUAGGCAAACAGGAUUCAGCUCCUCUUCAGGACGCGGAUAAACCUGUCAGAGACGCUGCUAAUAAAGACGCAGAUGUGGCAGCCAAUCAGGCAGCAGCACGUAACGAAGAAGGUGGUAAACAAGCCAACAAUGCAGAAAAGGGUUCUGAAGAAGAGCCUCAUCCUGCUGGAGACAAAGCCGCAGCUGCAGACGGGCCUGCAGCUGCAAACAGCAAAGAUACAGCAGAUGAGAAGAUGGACGUGAUUAAAAAGCUGGUUGCAGAAGGCCAGCUGGACCAUGCGGUGCUGCUGCAGGUGAUCAAGGAGCAGCAGGAGCAACAGAAGAGACUUCUGGACCAGCAGGAGAAACUACUGGCUGUCAUAGAGGAGCAGCACAAGGAAAUCCACCAGAAACAGCCAGGCGGAGCAGCAGAUGUUGAGGAGAAAAGUAUCCAGGAGGCAGGAGCAGCUAAAGCCAGAGAGUCUGGGGUGGCAUCAGACCUGAAGGCAGCAGCUGGGGGGGGAGAAGAGGCCGCCAUUGUGGAGCAGAAACAGGAUCCGGCCGGGAAUGCAGGUGCUGAAGCUGAACCUGCUAAAGGGGCGGCUGCAGCAGCUUACAAGGAAGAUGCUAAUGUCGCCGCUGGAGGGGAGUCUCAGCAGCAGAGUGAGCUGGGAGCAAGGGGGGUGCGGCUAGGAAAGAAAAGAUCUGAAGGCCUUCAGAAUGAUCUGGCAUCUCAGGUUAGAGAUGAAGAAAAAAGUCUGGAUAAAGAAAAAGCACUGGAGAAAGACGUUCUUGAUGGGGAUAAAAAUAAAAAGGUGCAAAAUGAAAAUGAGGAAAGGGAGAAACUUCAGAGGGAAAUGAUAGAGAAAGAAGUGCAUGCACGAUUGGCAAAUGCACUCCUGGAAAAGGAGAGACAGGAAAAACUAGCCGCCCAGCAACAGCUGGACAAAGAGAGAGCUGAAAAGGAAAGAAUAGAAAAGGACGUUCAGGCCCGGGUGGAAAAAGAACGACUGGAGCGAGAGAAGAGAGAGAAGCUGAUCAGUGAGCAAGAGCUCAUCCGAAAGAAAGAGCUAGAGAGGGCAAACCUGGCAGAGCAGCUUCAGCAAGUAGACAAAGAAAUAAACGAGAGAGCGAAGAAAGAGCAAGAGGCAAAGGAGACUCGGGAGCGGCUGGCCCAGCUGCACCGGGCCAUAGAAGCUAAAAACGCUGAACAACCUGCAGAAGGAGCUGAGGGAGAAGACGGGGAAGCUUUGAAAACAGGAGGAAGAGAGCUCAAAGAAAAAGCUGCUCAAGCGAAGCCUGGAGAAGGGGUAGGAGAUGAGGCUGUCAGAGCCCAGGCACGCCUCCAGGGCUCCCGCGAGAGGAAGAGGGAGCAGGGAGAGACGGAUCUGAAGCGCAGGAAGAGAGCUCUGGAAGCAGGAGAAGCUGCAGGGCCCUUGAAGGACUCCAGGGGAUCCAGAGGGGUCCCUGGACUGGAGCCCCUCCUGGAGUUAGGAGGCUCAGACCUGCAUGUUGCCCUGGAGCAGCAGCUGCUUGCUGCGGCGGUGGUGCACUCCAGGCAGAUUAAACAGGCCGCGGAGGACGAUGGAGCAGAGUAAGAUCAGAAACAUUCCUGUUGGAUGGCUUUACAGCACAGAUCCACACCUGCACAACCUCAUCAUACUGUGGAGCAACACGCUGCUGCCUUACAUCCAGCCUCCCUAACAUUAGGGACCUUAGAGUUUCUCUCCUUACCAUGAAGAUGACCCAAAGUCUUAUCCAAUCUAUGUAAAUAUAACUUAUUUUGUUUCAAAGAGCUUCGUCUCCAAAAGGUCACUGUGUAAAUAGAAAUAUAUCUAUGCAAAUUCUAAUAUUUCUGAGCAGGAAUAUAAUGUUUAAUGUUGUUUGUACUUAUGAGGGGCAGCUAAAGGAUUCUGCCUCCAGAGAAUGUGUUCAUGUUUGUGGACGUCACACAUGUUGAUAUCAUCCUUUUGAAUCGUCUCAGUUUGGUUGCGUUG